AUGUCCGUGAAGAAGCGACAAAAGAAAACCAUGGAGACCACGAACGAUAAAGCAAUAGAAGAAGACCUUAAUAAAAGUAAUGGGGACUACUCAGGAGACGAAGACGAUGCUGAUUACUUGCCGCCAGAUACUGUACAACCUGAAUUUUCGGAGUCAGAAGAGAACUCUGAAAAUGAACAGGAGAACGUAGUUGAAGUGCAGCAAAAUGUGCCGCGUAGAUUUUGGAGCACUAAACAAAUGAGUCUUCGUGGACCGAACAAACUCUUGCUCCUUAUAUUUAUUUUUGGAGUACCUCGAUCUUGA